UUUCCCGUGCAGUUUGUAAGAAAACAGUUCAAAGACAGAAUGGAUUCCUUGUCUUCUUCGCUGCAAGGCUGUGGCUCAACUGAAACACGGGUGGAAGACAAGGAACUCAACUUUGCUCAACUAGAGGAGAUAGACAUGAUAACUGAAGCAGUUGCUGGAAGAUCAGUUGACAAUGUCCAUGGGAAAACUGGUGCUGUUCAACUGGAUGGAGCGGGAUCAGACAAGAAGGCUUGCGGCCAUGGUAUUUUAACAGAAGAUCAAGAAUAUAUCAAGGAAAUAAAGAAGUUGCAUGCAUAUCUUGACAUGGUGAAAAAAAUGGUGAGACCAGGUUGCUCCCCUGAAGUGCUGAAAACUGCUUUGAAUUCCAUGUCAGCACUUUUCAACACCCUCGCCUUUGUGUCUUCCGGGACAAGACCCCAUGCAUCCCUUUGAACCGAUUUUUAAUGGUUUGGCUGCAUCAUACACAGAACAAAAAUCUGUCAGUGUGCCUGGGAAAGUGUGGCCAGGAACUGAGGAAAGUUUGGAUUGUGUUAUACCUACCCGUUUUUUUAUCACGGUACUCUACCCAUUAUAUGAAGUCAAUAGAGGUAUGUCUAAUAUUGAACUACUUAUUGUUUUC